AUGCGAGGUUCGCAGCCGGUUGUUACCAUCUCGGAGGUCUUCCAGUCCUACGAGGAAGACUACAAGCAGCUGAUCCAACAGCUACGCAGUUUGGCGACCGUCGUCGAAGGUACUGGCCCGACGCAGGAGCGCUGCAAUGCCGGGCAGGAAAUGGUUGACGCCCACGAGCGCGCGACCCAGGCCUUUCAGCAGAUGGAGUUCGAGGUGAAAUCCAUGGGCUCGCUUGGCGCAGCUUUAGUGGGCAAACUGAAGGAGUACAAGCAGGAGCUGCUGGCCAGUAGGACCUUGGUUCGCAACGUGCAGGCGAGGCUGAACCGAGAAGGCUUGCUGCGUGGCGCAAGCCCUGAUGAUAAGGUGCAGAGAGACUCGGCUCAGCGAAUGAGGGCCGGUGCGCGCCGCCUGGAGGACUCGCGGCGAACGGCUUUAGAGGCCGAAAGCAUUGGCAUGGAUGUCAUGUCCGAGCUGACUGACCAGCGAGAUGCCCUCAAACGGAGCAAGGACCAUCUGCAUGACGUGGAUGGCCACCUGGGCACAUCCAAGAUGUUCUUGUCGCUGAUGUCCCGGCGCAUUCAGACUAGCCAGGCCAUGGUGUGGUGUUUAGCCAUCGUCCUUUUCAUCAUUCUUGUUUUCCUCAUCUAUCUGAAGCUGCAGAAGCUCAUGGCUUUCUUUAGGUAG